AUGCCCAGCUCUCUAACGUUGUCCUCUUCUGCAAAGCAAAUCCACCGUCGCCCACUACUCUCUUUCACGCCCAGUUCUCUCUCACAUCUAGAGCUUCAUCGUUGCUCUCUUCUGCGAAGCAAAACCCCUGUCAAACGACAGCCACCGCCACCCACUACUCAACACCCAGAAGUUGGCCAGACACCAUGUUCUAUAAUUUUGUCAAACGAAUGCAUGAUAAACACUUCAGGGAUGCCACACAAUGCUCUUGGAAGAAUACAUUUAAGUUGGUUGAAGGCUUUGAGCUGA